AGCAUGGAGCCCUCGACACCUCCCCAAGAUCUCGAGGAGUAUUCGGCGUCCUCGACGACCAUCGUCUUCGACCGGUUGGUUCCCUUGCUCCGCGGCCCGGUCCGGUCCGGUCCGGGCGACGACCCGUCGGCGGGUCCGUACGUCCUCGCUUUUCGAGACGCAAGGGCUUGGCGAAACGCGUACAGAGCCUGCGAGUCUAAGAUUGCGGAGCAGUGCGAGGCCGGAGCGAGGAUCGGGUGCGCGAUGACGGCGUCGAGCAAGUGCAAGCCUCCGUGGUGGCGGUCGCUGAGUGGUUUUAAGGUUUCGGAUCUGAAGGAGAGAGAGGAGUGCGAGGAGAGGGAGAUGGAGGGCUGUUUGGCGGCGGCGAAGGACAAGUGCGGUGGUUUCGCGAGAGAGAGGUGCGUGAAGUCGUUUAGGGAUGCCAGGAUCGCGGCUAGGGUUGGGGGUUUGAGUCCAAAGCAGGCUGAGAAGUUGGUUUGUUGGACGAUUAUGGCCGAUAAAAGUUUGUGGAUCGAUUUGGUCGGAUUUAAGCGUUUGGUUCGCUUGGGAUUGUCCGAUAGAGAGUUCGGAGCGACUAAUUAUAGGGCGUGUGAAUUGCUUGGCUCUAGUACUGAUGUUGAUUCUAUUUUGGGUGGAGCUAGCGAAGUUGUGAGAUUCUAAUCACUGGAGCUUAUAGUUCGUUUGGUUUGAAAGGAAAUUAGCGAGAAAGUAGAAUUAGAAGCUUUUGGAAUCUGCGCUAGGACAAUCUACACUUAGAACUGGUGCUUCUUUUGGCAGCCAUUGCAAGAGGAUUGAUAUGUGUAUGUUUGGCUGUGAAAAACCUACGUUCCUAACAAUUUGGUAUCAAAGCUCCGAUCCAUGGCGCCUGAACGAGUGGAUCCGGAGAGGGUGACCACGGUGGAAAAGGGGCUGGCGGUGGUUCAGGAAGCGGUCUACGCGGUGGUGACUGAGAAUCUUCCACAGAUUCGAGAAGAAGUGGCUGGGCUGCGUGGUGAACUAGGGGAGGUUUGGACUGAAGACGUGCAGGCGGCGCUGUGGAGGAUGGAGGCACUGUUGGCGGCGCAGCCGAUGGCCGGGGUGGCCGAUUUGGGUCGCGACGGCGAGCGACGGGACGGGGAGAGGCGAGAUCGCGUGCCUCGGGGAGAGGAGAGCCCAGAUCGCGACGACCCAGGCGGAGUGGAGGUGCCAAAUCAGGCGGAUCUUCGCCGGGAAGCGCCGAUUCGCGAAGAUUGAGGCCACGAGAGGGAGUUCCGACGCCGGAGAGACGUGGGUCUCAUGGAGGAGCGCGAGAUCUGUUGCGAUCUGGGGCUGGGUGGUCUAGAUCUGCAGCGUGACGGUUUGUUUGAUGACGGGAGGAGGGCGGAAGGAGGUUGCGACCGUCGGGAGAGGGAGGCGGAGCUUGGUCGGCGACGGGAACCGGAGUGGGAGCCGGAAUUAGAGGAGGAGAGGCUUGCUCCGGGGCUGGGACGGCAUGGGUACCCUCAGAACAGGGAACCCAGCCCUGAUUCGGUCGCGGUUGGGGCUGAUUCCGGCCCGGUUUGGACCGGGCCUCGCGAUUCCGGUUCGUUUGAGGCUAAUUUCGGCCGAAUUCAAACUGGGUCACUCGAGUUCGGCCUGAUUUGGGAGGAUUCCGGCGAAAUUAGGGAUGGGUCUCGAAAUUCCGGCGGCCCUAGGUCUGGGUUUUGUGAUUCUGAUGUGAUUGAGACUGAUUUCGAUGAUGUUAGGGUUGGGCCUCGAACUUACAGCAAGAUUAGAGCCAAUUACAACCAAAUAUGGACUGGAUCUUCAAGUUUUGGCAUGACUGGGGUUAGGUCUGGGCAAUCUGAGUUGGGUGAGGGAGAUUGGGUUUUGCAAAUCUGAUUUGAGAGAGCGAGUUGGGUCUUCUCGAUUUGGAGUCAGAACCAAUCCAAGGGUUUCGAGUAGGAAGAUGGGAAGGUGGCACGACACCCUAUGGGAGGGCCGAACGGAUCAACGAUUAGGCGUUCCUAGAGUACUCGAAUUCUCCGUUCUAUCCUUUACUUUUCCAUUUAGUAGUGUUUUGUAGUGUAAUUGGAGAUUGGCCAGCGGUUUUCAAUAAAAGAAUUCCCUUAUUUCAAUCCAA